CCAUACAACUUCUCAUACCCUCAAAAAUCUCAACAAAACAUCGUAUACACGGAAAACCCUUUUGUCUUUCUCUCUCACCUCGCUCCAGCAAAAACUCCUCAAGAAAAAAGAAUACUAUUUCCCCCUUUUUAUUUCAAUUUUAAGGAGAGAAAUUGCAGUGAGAAGAAAUAAAUAGUAGUAAAAGAAGAGAAGAUGUGUUUGUUCUCAUGUGUAUGUGAAGAAGAUGAGAAAGAGCUAGGAAGAAAAGUAGCACCAGGGGCUUGUCCUUGUUGUGGAGGAAAAGUACAAGCUGUAGAUGUAGAAGGCCGUUUCAGAUUUUGCUUUCUCCCUAUUUGCUUUAGGUUCAAGAGGAAGUAUCUCUGUACUCUCUGUUCUAAGCGUUUGGUUUUGUAUUCUUGAUCUCCCUAUUUUCCUCUUGUAAUUUCUACUCUCAAUUUUUUGAACAGCAUCCUAUAAGUGUAAUUAUUUAUUUGAAAUAGUGUUUGAGAGUUGUUCAUUUGCUCAAGAAUAUAUGAAACUUUUGUAGUUGUGCUCAGUUAUGAGAAUUUACAAAAUCGAGGUUUUCCAAUUGACUGUUUAUAGCUCGGUAUCAGAAAAAUAAAUAUAUUGUCGGUAUUAAG